AUGUCGGUGAUCGAUGCUAGCCGUUUCUUGUCCAUCAGAGAUGUACUAGGGGAAGGGAUGAACAUCCAUGAAGAUGAACAUGCUCGGGGUGGCAUUGAGGAAGGUGGCAGCCAGCUUACGCAUCCUUCCAGCCUCAACAUCGACGCUGCAGAGGAACAAGAUCAAUUAUUGCAUCCAGAGGUUGACAGUGAUGUGCAUCCAUUUGAUGGCAUUGUACAUGGUACUGAGGAAGAACAAUACAAGGAUCCAGCUAGAAGGGCAGUGGCACAAACUGUAUUCUUUGUGCACAUUAAAUCACUCUUCCAAGUUAUAGACUCAUAUAUGCAAUAG